UGUGCUGCUGCCGUUGCCCUCACUUCCCUCCUCCAUAUGGUCUCCCCCGCUCCCGCCCCUGAGUUGUGCAUCCGCCGUAGGCGCUUGCUUGCAACUGCCUCUUACUGCACAGUGUUAAUAGGCAGGGAGACCCUUUCCAGAGCCUUUUUUCUCCUUCCAGGAUGACCAGCGGGCAGGAGUGCCGGCAGGACAGUGAAUCUGAAGUUUCAGCUUUGGAAUAUAAAGAUAAUGACAACUCUAAAGAUGAAGAUUUUUCUCAAGAAAAUCAAUUGGGUAAUGACAGUUGUAACGGCAGCUCUGAGAGCAACUCUGAAAGUGAGUCUGAUACAGAUGAGGCAGAUGACAAAUCAAAUGAAGAACUGGAAGAAAAAGCACCACUGUCAUAUUGCGUUAAAUCAGGGGUUAACAUCCAACAGCACUGUGAACAUUGCAGGAUUCAACAGGGACAACAAGAACAAGUAACCCCCAGACGACUUGCCAGAGGACAAUUUUGGUUGAAGCUGGAUGCUGAAGGAAUUUAUCAGUGUGAGAUCACAGGUUUAAUCUUUGAAGUAACAAAAGCUGCUGUCAUUCAAUAUUCCCUUUUGUCCUGGAGCAAGUAUGCUGCUUAUGUUAAAGAGCCCUGGAUGGUUGGAGGCCCUAUAUUUGAUGUCACAUGUACAUCACCCUCUGUUCUUACAUCCAUUCAGUUUCCACAUGCCCUCUGCCUGAAAGAUUGUUUAUCUGACAUGACCUUCAAAGUAUUCCAUUUCAAAAGUAAUGGUGCACAAUUUGAACAGUCUGUUGAUCAUUCAGCUACACAUGUCAAAUGGCAAGUGAGCACACUGUCUCCUGUUGGACCACUUGUUCAGGGAAAUGGAAAUACCCCAGUGUAUUACCAUGGGGUUGUUAUUUUAUACAAAGUUGUCAAUGAUCACCCUUCUUUGUCAUUCCGUGUGUAUGUGGCUAGUAACGACGACUCAUUUAUAAAGGAUGUCUCAAAAGCUAUAAAGAAUUCUGGUAAGAAAUUCAUUAAAAUUGAGAAACCUCCUUGUCAGAAAUUACUUCAAGGUGGAAAGAAAUACAGAUUAAUUAGUGACCCAGAAGCUGAAAUAACCCCCGAGGAAAUUGAAUUUGCCAAUGAUUCUCUUCUAAAAGUGAAAAGUUACAUUGAAGUAUACAUGGAACAGCCAAUGGAUCUUACCUUAACUUUAGUUGAACUGGAAUCUAAUGAAACUGUUUGGAAGGCAAAGCUAAGAGAAUGUGACUGGAUCCAGCAUAACCAGAAUGAUAAUGAGCCGAAAAGACGCACAAAUAGCAUCAGAAGACGAAAAUCCAGCGUCAGUUUUUCAGAAGAUGAGCUUGGAAAUAAACGACUAAAGGAAAAUGACACUUCAGAUGGAGCUAAACCUAAAUUAACUGAUCAGCAGCUGAUGUCCCUUGCAAAGAAGAUGGGCAAAAACUGGAAAAUAAUUGGCAUUCAACACCUUGGCUUGUCCUUUGUAGAAAUAGAGCAGAUUGAGGCAAAGAAGGAAGAAGAUGUUAAUAUGUAUAAGUUCCAUAUGUUGCAGAUAUGGAGAGAUUCCAAACAGAAUGAUGGAACUGCACAAAGUUUAUAUGACUGUCUUAAUGAUGACGCAUCCUGUGAAGUACUGGACAUACUAAAAGGUUUUUUAAAGCAAGACUUCGGCUCAUGAGGAAACAGUUUGAAAAAUUAAUAAAAUCAGGGAUAUUCUUCCGUUUAAUUUUCAUGUUGGAUGUAUAAUCUUCAGUAAUUGUUUCAUCUUCAGUAAUUCAGUAAUUGUUUCAUCUAUAAUUACUUCCUUCUGUGAGUUUUCUGGAGUUUUCUAAGGUCACCUUUGUUUAUAUUUCCUAGUGUGACUGGGCUUUUUAUUGUUAAAUUUAUAUUUAUAAAUUUAUAAAUAUAAAUUUAUAUUUAUGCCCUACCUUUGUUUGUUUUACACAUUUUUAUAUCCCGCUUUUCCUCCAAGGAGCCCAGAGCGGUGUACUACAUACUUGAGUUUCUCCUCACAACAACCCUGUGAAGUAGGUUAGGCUGAGAGAGAAGUGAGUGGCCCAGAGUCACCCAGCAAGUAUCAUGGCUGAAUGGGGAUUUGAACUCGGGUCUCCCCGGUCCUAGUCCAGCACUCUAACCACUACACCACGCUAGCACAGACAAAGCAUAGUCAUACUCCAGGUGCACAACUAUUCAUGGACAUUUCUGCUUUCCACACAUGAUGAUGCAAACAUACUGACUCAGACCAUUGAUCCAUCUAGCCCAGCCCAGUAUUGUCUACUGUGAUUGGCAGCAGCAUUCCGGAGUCUUGGGCAGAUGUCCUUUGUAUCAUCUGCUACCUGAUCUUUUUAAUUGGAGAUUCUGAGAAUUGAACCUAGGACCUGCAUGCAAAGCAUCUGCUCUACUACUGAGCUGUGUACCCUGACCACACACCAUUGUUCUUCAUUCUCUCCUCAAGCAGCUAAAGAGUCUCUCCCAGUCCAAAUUGUCCAGAGGUUUUCACCCUAUGUACCAAGCAAGCUUGGAGUUCCUCAGUGAGAAGGUCUGUAAUGACAAAGAAGUUCCUUGAUAGUGAAUAUGAUCACCAUUACUAGUCCUUUGCCAUGUGCAACUGUUCUUGGGUAUAUGCUCUCAGUUUAUGUAGCAUGAGAUAUCUAAUAGGUUUCAAAGGGCCCUUGACAACAUACAGUUUAGUCCCAAACCUCCCCACUCCACCCCCACACUAGUCAUGCCAAGGUGCUCUAGAUUCUGCACCAAGAAAAGCUAAAUUCUGGUUAUAAAUGCUGCAAAUUGAGCCAAUUUGCCCAAGUCGUCUUAUUUUGCAUAAUACUUUCUGAAAUUCUCUUUUUGUUGUUUGUAUAAUCUGAUUUUGCUAGCUAUGGGAAGAGGCAAGGAGCAGUGCAUGAAUGCCCUUCCCCUAAAAAUGCCCUUCCCCUAAAAAUAUUUAGCCACCCCUCUGACUUUUGAAUCAACAGACACAAAUGAUGCAUUUUCAAGCACAUGUUUAUUGCUGUAAGGAUUUCAAACAUUGUUCUUUUAAAUAUAAAAGCAGAGGUUCUCAGAAUUCUGAA